AUGUCUUUUCGCAAGCGCAACAUUGGACUCUCUGCCGGCGCCGACCGUACAGGCCCUGUCCCAUCACAACCAGCACAGGCCGAAACUCCGCCAGGCGUUCGGCCUUCGCCCGAUGACGGACGACCAACCACAUCUACGGGCGCGCCCUCGCUUGACAACCUGCUAGCAGGCCAUGCUGGCCUACCUAUGGGAACGAUAUUGUUGGUUGAGGAAAAUGGAACUACAGAUUUCGCCGGCGCCUUGCUUCGCUACUAUGCCGCAGAGGGCGUGGUACAAGAGCAAAAGAUUCAUGUAAUCGGCGUCCCGGAACAAUGGGGUCGCAGUCUGCCAGGCCUCAUCGGCACCGCCGAGUCUCUCGAAGAAAAGAGAUCUGACAGGCGCAAAGAUGAGAAGAUGAAGAUUGCGUGGCGAUACGAGCGGCUCGGAGAAUUUGGCGCAGGAGUUGCCGGGUCGCGAGACGAAGAAGCCCCGAACCAAUUGCCAGCCGCGGGAAGCGAAGUACAGGCUAAGCCUGCGUUUUGCCAUGCCUUUGAUCUCACAAAACGCCUCACCCAUGCGGGCAUCAGCAACAUGUCCUUCGUACCGCUCGUGCCCUCCAAAGAGUCUCCAUUUGCCUCCAUUCUUAAGCAGCUUCAAGGCGCACUACAAUCCAGCCCUGCAAACACCAUUCAUCGCAUCCUGAUGCCAUCCCUGCUCAACCCAACAAUAUACCCGCCCAACGCCUCCCAGCCCGAGUAUGUGCUGCAAUUCCUUCAUUCGCUCAGAGCGCUCAUGAGCGCUUACUCUGCUCGAGUGACGGCCAUGAUCACUGUCCCUCUAUCACUUUUCCCCCGUGCUUCGGGCCUGGUGCGCUGGAUUGAAUUGUUGUCUGAUGGAGUCAUCGAGCUAUGUCCAUUUCCUCACUCUGCGGAUACUGUAGCGACAUCCGGUGCUGCAACUUCCGUGGAGGAGCCCCCACAGGGUAUGCUGAAGACCCAUAAACUGCCAGUCCUCCACGAACGGGGUGGGGGCAGUGAUCAAAAUGUUGGACAGGACUGGGCAUUUAUCCUGAGCCGUCGGCGAUUCGAGAUUAAGCCUUUCAGCCUGCCACCAGCCGAGGGUGACACGGAAGCGCAAGACGCAGCAGCACCCGGCGGUAUGCCUAAGAAGUCGGAUCUUGAAUUCUGA